ACGCGUUUUGUAACACUCAAAGAGCUUACAUCAAAAUUAAAUUCAACAAAUUUUAAAUGCAUAUAUCGCGACCACUCGUAGUUCGGAAUCAAAAUCCAAAGCGAGCAGUACUUCAACGCCAGCCCCUUGGAAUCCAUUGGAAAUAAAAAGUUGCUUUACCAAUUUAGCGGAAGCUCAAAGUACGGCGAAUUUGCAUUUGAAUUAGUCUCACCUGUUGACCCCGCCCGUGGUUUAUGUAACAAUGGAUAUUCUAAUACGUAUUAUCGGUCUGAUUCUGACCUAUAUUGCAAUGUUAGCUAAUAAGCUGAUAGAUUUGCUGCUUGCUCGCCAGAGACCCAAUUAUCCACCAAUUCGAGAUCAGAUAUUAACCAAAUCGGUUAUCGAACUGGUGACCGAAUUGCGACGCGGUCAGCUACAAUCGGAGCAGUUGGUCAGGGCGUACAUUGGACGGGUGCGCGAAGUAAAUCCAUCGCUCAAUGCGGUCAUUGAGGAGCGAUUCGAGGCGGCACUGAACGAGGCGAAGCAUGCCGAUGAGUUCAUGGCCAGGGCCAUCACAGAGUUCGACCGCGUGGCGCUCUUCACACGUUAUCCCCUGCUGGGCGUACCCUUCACGGUGAAAGAGUCAUGCGGCGUCAAGGGCCUCUCCUUUCAGGUGGGCAGCCUUGUACGCAAGGGCAUGAAGGCGCCGCAAGACGGUGAUGUUGUGGAGCUGGUCCGUGCUGCCGGCGGCAUUCCGCUGCUGGUGUCCGCUACCCCCGAGUUCUGCAUGAGCGCCGAGACGAGCACGGUGGCCAACGGACGCUGCCUGAACCCAUAUGAUCUGUCACGGUCGCCAGCUGGUUCGUCUGGCGGCGAAGGGGCAUUGAAUGGCUGUGGCGCCACGCCCUUUGGCAUUGGUUCCGACAUAGGCGGCUCCAUUCGACUGCCUGCCAUGUUUUGCGGCGUCUUUGGGCACAAGCCCACCGGGGGACUCACCUCGGUGAAGGGUCACUUUCCAUACUCGCUGCUGGACAACAAUUUUCCCAAUUACCUGCAAAUUGGACCAAUCACACGCUUUGCACGCGAUAUGCCCCUGCUGCUGGAGAUAAUGGCCGGUGACAACAAGCAUAAGCUGAAAAUUAACGAGCCAGUGCCGCUGAAGGACAUUCAAAUCCACUACGCCUUUGGCUUUUCUGGUCUGAAUGGUCUGCUGCAUCCAGCCGUGGACUCUGAGAUCAAAUUGUCGAUUGUGCGUGCUAUCAAAUGCUUGGCCAAGGCAGGCAUUCAGCCGAAAGAGCUGGAUCUUAGUUUCCUGCGCAACUCCUUUGAGAUAGCGCUGGUCGCCCUCGUCGAUCUGAAGGGGCUCCCCAGCAUUAUCACACAACAGGCGCAUCGGGCACCGCAUAUGCGAGCGCUGAUUAUGGAGAUGCUAAACAGCUUGUUUGGCCACUCGAUUUUCACCAAGGAGGCGCUCUUUAUGGAGCUGAUGCAGCGCGUAAAUGGCCUGAUGUGCCCCAUCAGAAUGGAACAGUAUCGCCAGGAGCUCGUACAGCUAAGAGCGCAUCUGACUGAUUUUCUUGGGGAUCGCGGCGUUCUGUUUCUGCCCACCUUUCACACAAGCGCCCUGAGCUUUCACUCAUCAUUGUUGAAUAUCACGGGAAUUGACAGCCUGCUGCUCUUCAAUGUGCUCGGCUUGCCGGCAACACACGUCACCAUGGGUCUGAAUCGGCGCGGGAUGCCAAUAGGCUUCCAGGUGAUAGCGGCGCCAUAUCAGGACAAGCUCUGCCUGCAAAUCGCUGCCGAACUGGACGGUGCUUUUAAUGGCUGGGUGCCACCGGUGCCCCAUCAGUUACCAGCAUCAAACACACAGUAACCAAUUAUCACAUUAUCAUAGACAAAUAAGAGUAAAGGUUACGGUUCAGUUCUUAAUACAUUCAAUACAUUCAAAAAUUAAACGACAAAA